AUGAGGCAAAGACUGACUAUAUACGUUCCUACCUCAUCACAUGAUGACUUCAUUCAAAACAUCAACACAACAAACUUCAAAGUAGCGGCACCUUCGAGUGAUGAACGUUUUUCCAUUGAAAAUAAAUACACUAUACCGAUUAAAAAGCCACUUCAGUAUAUUCGACAAUUACGUAUUCAAUCGAAGAAACUGUAUGAUGAUAUACACCCAAUCUUCCCUUUUGACUUCACUACAGGACUCAAUAUCUACGUGUUGCCCAAAAAUACCAUCAAUGACGAUGACAAUGACGAAUUUUUUCAAGAGUUGAAAAGUGUGGUUGAAGAUGUAAUUGGCAUCGAUAUCAACGCUACUGAGUGGAUCACAUCUGCGAACGCGUUGUACUAUUAUGCACCACGUUCGGCGCAAUUGAAACCUCAAUCAUCGUGGAUUGACGACAAUAUACGUGAACUUGACUCCACCUUUGAUUUAGUAUACAAUGCUGAUGAAUCUGCCAAACAAAUAAUAUUGCGUCAAUUGAUCACUGAUGUUUCUGAAAUCAAUUAUUAUUUGAAACUAGGCGAGUAUAAAGAGAUUGGACUAUUUUUCAGUGAUGCCAAAGUAUCUCAAACAAAAGACGAUGUCGUAUUGAAUGGAUUGAGAGUGAUUUUAGAUGGGCAAAGCGAAGCUCAAGAUGAGCAAAAUGACAAAAUUGCUCACAAGACAAUGUUUCAUGUAAAGCCAAGACAUAGAUACUUGCCAGGAUCGAUAUCAUCCUCAAUCAUCCCACAAGGCUUACAUCCAAUUUUGGCAACAACUUUAUCUACCGAGAAUGAUUUGACGUCCACAAUCAAUCAUGAAAUUAUCGGAGUUGAUGCUGAUGUGGAAACAUGUAACUGCUACUAUUAUCUCAACUUGAACAAGUCGUUGAUAUUUGACAAGUACCAAAACGUCCCAUCAAAUACAACUCUUCUCGUCAACAACGGCGUGUCCAAUUUGGAACUACCUGAGUACAAGAUAUAUCAAUGGGGUAAUGAAUUAUUGUUUGAGAUAAAUAAGGCAGAAGCGUUUGGUGUGUCUUCUCCAGCCAAGUUUGAUUUGAACUUGACAUUGCAUUCUCGAUAUCAAUUACCCAACAACAGUGAUACAUUGUCACCAUUCACUCAGAUAAUCAACCCCCAACCCCAGCUCUUUAUUGCUUGCCAAGUAAAAGAAGGUCACUUGUUGAGUAAAUCACCAUUUGAUUCCAAAAGAUUAAGCAUGUUGGGCAAUAACCAUGAGGCAUUUUUCCAAAAUGAUACCGUGUUUUACUAUUUCAAUAACAUAGCACCUGACCAGCACUUAUCAGUAGAUAUUUCACACGGAACAACUACAUUUGACCGAGUCAAUUCAAUAACUACAUUUACAAUCUUGAUUGGUGUUGGGAUUAUCUUUUGGGCAAUAUUGCAAAAGUUUACCAAAUCGAGAGUUACAGCUAAGCAAAAGUCUAAAACUGAAUAA